AUGACCCCACCCUUUGUCCCCAACCAAGCUGCCAUCACGUUGAAAGUAUUGAGCACUGCUUUUGGCGGUGCUCCAUGGUGCGGCAACCGUGGUCGCUACUGCCGCCGCGAUGGAGUUUACUACUGCAGCGCUCGCCUUCCCGGCACGACUUCCUCCUGGGUGACGAGGAGAUUCUCCACGAUCAUCUACAGCUUUUGGCUGAUCCUUCGCGGUACCUUCAUACGCGCAGUGUGGCUUAACCGCAACCGUGUCGCUUUCGACCGUCCAGCUUUGGCAGUUCGGGCGGUCGCAGCAGGAGUUCGGCCGCUCUUUAUCGCUCAUCUGCGUUCGCUGCGUCGGCGCCACCGCAAGCUCAAGAUCGACUUCGAGUUGCUUCGCCAGGUCCUCGAGUCUCUUGUAUCCGCGUCUGCUGGUCGACUGCCUGCUAACCUGGCAGGCAUAGAUCUGGCCGUACCCCAACGGACGUAA